CACGAUGAUGAAGAGAUACCAGGUGAAAGGAGUUAACUACGACUGUCCAGAAGAGUUUUUAAUCUUUAUCAGCCAAAGACUGAAAAUAAAGCUUUAAUAGGAAAUAGACCAGGAAAGAGUCAACAAUUCAGUUUUUUGUUGCAGGUUUUUUUUUAGUUUUUUUGCUUCUUUACACUGACCAGCUUCAAGAUUUCUGCUCGACAUCUUCGGAGACUGUAAACAACAACAACAACAACAACAUGAGUUUCCAGAGCAGCUGUGAGUCGUACGGAGCCAUGACCCACUCACAGGAGAGCGACGGAGAGUUCUGCAGCCACAGUGAGGAUGUCGGUCCCAAUGACUCCUGGUCCUGGUUGCAGACCAUGAACUAUGUGGGUCAGUUGGCGGGACAGGUGUUUGUGCAAGUCAAGGAGCUGUACAGAGGACUCAACCCUGCGACGCUGUCUGGAUGUAUAGAUGUCAUAGUGGUGCGGCAGCCCGAUGGCUCCCUGCAUUGCUCGCCCUUUCACGUCCGCUUCGGCAAGAUGGGUGUUCUGCGGUCUCGUGAGAAAGUGGUGGACAUAGAGAUCAACGGCGAGCCAGUGAGUUUGCACAUGAAACUGGGAGAAAAUGGAGAGGCCUUCUUCGUCAAGGAGACAGAGAACACGCUGGAAGUGGUUCCAGCCUACCUGGCAACAUCACCCAUCAUGUCUACAGGGGAGGCGUUAAUGGAGUCCCAGCUGGGCAGACGCAGUUCCCGUCUCCAUGACACCAUACCCUGCACCUCACUUCCUGUCCAGAACCUUGGGCCACAGCAAAGUGACGGAGGGGCGACCAAGAAGAGGAGGAAGAGGAGGAGGAAAGCACGGCCAGAGGGAGGCGGCGGGGGAGGGAGGAGAGAGGAGAGUGGGGAAGAGUUCUCGGAGGACGAGGACAUGUUUACAAUUGACUUGAGCUCGGAUGAUGAGAAAGAGGCUGACGACAGCAGGUCUAUGUACGGUGACCAGGGGACAAAAGCCAUGACACACGCUCACCCCGGCACAGAUUGGUCACACUCACAGAGUAGAUUGACAAAGGACACUCUCUCCAUCCCUUCACCCUGUGGUCUGUCCAUUUCUUGUCCUCAGCAGACUUCUCACCUCUCCUCUCAUGUUAGCCCUGAUGAUUCACAGUCAUCGACACCAAAGAGCGACUCAGAGCUGCAUAAUCAGAAUAAAGAAAACCCUGAAAUGCUGUGGACGUGGGGAGAGCUGCCGCAAGCUGCCCAGCCAGAUUUCCUGACUUAUCACCAGAGGCAGGCUCCUGCCAACACAGUCUCCAUUCCAGUGUCAACCAGCACUCACUUCAGAGCAAUCAGUGACAGUGGACCACCCUCUGUUAUCAUUUAUUCCUCCCUGCCAGGGGAGAGCACUGCUCAUGGUGGACGCAAGAAUGAAGAGGAAUGCAAAGAUGGAGGCAGAGACGGAUUUAGUGCUAAGACUGGAGGGGAGCAAGUGACAUUGACUGAAAACACUGGGCCAUCAUGUGCAGAUAUGGAGGGCCUAAGGGUUUGUUCAGUGUCUCCCAGGAUGCUAACUGAUCAUGCGGAGGAAGAUGGAAAUACAAAAAUUACUGAUUCACCAUCCAAAAAGAAAGAAAAGAGAAGCCAACACCUGGGUGCUGAUGGCAUAUACCUGGAUGAUAUAACAGAGCUACAGCCUGAAGUGGCUGCUCUCUACUUCCCCAAAAGUGAUGGAGGCAGCAGCUCAGUGAGAGGAGACUCAGACAUGAUGAUGGUGGGAGUGCGGAGUGCUAAUCAGUCCCCACAGUCAGUGGGCAGCAGUGGGAUGGACAGUGGCGUGGACAGUUUUUCCGACCAGUCAGGGGACCUUGCGCAUGUCGCAAUCUCUCUGUGUGGAGGACUCACUGACAACAGGGAGAUCACGAGAGAGCAGUUCCAGGAAAGGGCAGUUUCCUACCAGCAGUUCUCUGAAAACCCUUCAUUAAUUGAUGACCCUAACCUGGUGGUGAAGAUAGGAAACAAAUACUACAACUGGAACACGGCGGCUCCUGUCAUGUUGGCCAUGCAGGUCUACCAGAAGCCCCUGCCACAGGCCUCAGUGGAGAACAUCAUGAAGGACAAGAUGCCAAAGAAAGGAGGACGCUGGUGGUUCUCAUGGAGGAGCAGAAACAGUGACUCCAAAUCAGAAUCAGUGUCAGAUCCUGGAGACGACAAAGGAGGGAACUCACUCGCUAUGGCCUCAGUGAACAGAAUGAAAGAUGAGUCGUCCUCGAGUGACGAGGACCAAAGGUCCUCCAAUCAGAUGUCAGGAUCCUGUCAGUCAGAGCUCCUCAUGAGUUCUGGGAGCAUCUGUUAUAAGAAGACUCUACGGCUCACAUCAGAGCAGCUGGCAAGCCUGCAGCUGAAGGAAGGUCCUAAUGAGGUGGUGUUCAGUGUGACCACACAGUACCAGGGCACCUGCCGCUGCCAUGGCACCAUCUAUCUUUGGAACUGGGAUGACAAGAUCAUCAUCUCCGAUAUAGACGGAACCAUCACCAGAUCUGACACUCUGGGUCACAUCCUCCCCACGUUGGGUAAAGACUGGACACAUCAGGGUAUCGCACGGCUCUACCACAAAGUCAGCCAGAAUGGAUAUAAAUUCAUGUACUGCUCGGCGAGGGCCAUCGGCAUGGCAGACAUGACGCGAGGUUAUCUUCACUGGGUCAACGAGAGGGGAACGAUGCUACCGAUGGGUCCAGUGCUGCUCAGCCCCAGCAGUCUGUUUUCUGCUUUCCACAGGGAGGUGAUUGAGAAGAAACCAGAGAAGUUUAAGAUCAAGUGUCUGACAGACAUCAAGAACCUUUUCUUACCCAACACCGAACCGUUCUACGCUGCCUUUGGCAACAGAGCAACAGAUGUGUUUUCCUAUAAGGAGGUGGGUGUUCCACUGAACAGAAUCUUCACCGUCAAUCCUAAAGGGGAGCUGAUACAGGAGCAGGCAAAAACCAAUAUCUCCUCCUUUGGGCGUCUCUGUGAUAUGGUUGACCACGUCUUCCCAGUCCUGGGUCGAGGCGAGAGCUCAGGCGCCCGCCGCGAUGACACUCUUGGUGGGUGCGACUACUGGAGUGAACAAAUCCCUGACGGCACCAACGAGGAAGACAAAGACCCACAGCCCCUUGAGACGAGCUGAGGAAACCCUGUGUCUCCUCAGCAUCAAGGUCCAGUUUCUUUACACAUGACAUGGCACAGAUCACAGAUGUGCAGAUGAAGAGUGAAGAUGCUGAUUUUUAUAGAAUAAGACUGAAAGACUGAAACAAAAAAAAACUGAGGGGAACACAGAUCUGGGAUCAGUUGUUACUUACUGUAACAACUAAACUUUGUAGCUACUGAUUCAAAGUAGAUGAAAGUGUUUUUAAUGUCCACAUCCUAGUAUGGAGACCCCAAUGUUUCUAAUGAUACUUCCUAACUUUUGCAAACAAAUAAGUUAAGUUCUUGAAUGAUAUUUAACAUGUGGGCACAAAUUCAUGUCGUAUGCAUACAAGAUGUAAAAAAGAAAAACAUCUCCACUUCCACUAGAAAUGUAGAACCCCAAGAGAGGAAGCACAUUAAAGCAGUUUUAAAUACACAGUGGCAGAUUCAAGGUGCUGUACACAACAAAAUUUUAGAAACAAAAUUAGUAAAAAAAAAUAAGGAUAGAAUUAAAGGAUAUGGAUGUUUACUCAGUACUCAAAUGUAUUUCAUAUAACUGUAUUUAUCGAGGCUCACAUAUUGUAUAGUUUGCAAAUGAACCGACUCACAACAUAAGCAUCAUGUGAACAUGUGAACAUCACUGUAUUUAAAAGCUCCUUAUUUUCAGUGGUGGAUUUAAAUGUAUGUCAGGAAUGCACACACAAAAUCUACACUUGAAUAAUCAGCUGUCAGUAUACACCCACACUCAUUCACUAAAUUAAAGCUGCUGUAAGCGAUCUUCGCCGUCGGACAACUUCCUGUCCACUGGUGCAAAUAUCAUUCCGAUCCGUCCUCCUUCAGUCACGUCACGAACGCGUUUGAUGAAGCUGCUUUGUAGUGUUCUGGCUCCUGAUUGGAUAAAGUGUUGUGAUAUACAGUAAAAGAUUCUCCUACAUUUACUGACAAACCAAGUAUUUCACUGUCAGCAGCUUUAGGUAAAGAAAUCCUACUGUAAACUCUUAAAGAUUGCUUUAACUGAAAAUAAGAAGAUAUGAAUGAAUAUGAACACUUCCGAUCUCAAAUCCUCCUCUUGAUGCAUCACUGCUACAUUUGUAUUUAUAUAAUUUUAUUUUUUCAUUUGCAUGCACCUACACGCACAACUUUUUAUUAUUUUAUCUGAUCCAGAUGAAAUGAUUUUCCCUCAACUCACUUUGCACCAGAAACAUCAUGUGAUAUAAUAUUACAAUGCAACCAUACACAGUUAGUGUGUCCACUCUAUGACAGUGUUUCUGUGCCAAACUUCUUAGCCAGUGAAGCUAAAGGUGUGUUUGGUCUUUUCGACCGUGCUACUGUGAGCAACUCCUGCCCGUUUUCUAACAAAUGUUCAGUGACUAAACUCAAGGGAAAUGCAGAACAAUGCAACUUUAACCUCAGUGUCUGUGCUCUCAGUGUCUGUUUUUAUAUUUGUGAACACGUAUUUUAACACAAUGUACAACAUAAAUUGGUCACAGUUUGUGUUAUGUGUUCUAAAGAUUAAUGCUCAUCAAUGCAAUCGUUUGUCCAGGUUCACAGGAUAUUGUUGCUGUAUUUUAUUUCAGUUUGGGAAAAUCACUACCCAGAUCUGUAGGUUAUACAGCACUAAUGUAACCAUUUAUGUGGUUGUUGUUCAUAUACAGUACAUAUACAUAUACAUAUAUAUGUAUAUACAUUAUAUACAUACAUAUAUAUGUAUAUAUAUAUAUAUUCUCUAAACGAAUCUGAUUAGGGCCACAUGUAAAAAAAACAGCAUGAGAUUAAAGUCAUAAUCAUAAAAAAUGUGAAUUCUGAGAAGUCAUAAUUCUGAUAUUAUAGUCAUAAUUCUGAGGAAAAAAGUCAUAAUUCUGAGAUUAUAAAAUCAUAGUUUUGAGAAGAAAGUCAGAAUUUUGAUAAUAAAGUCAGAAUUCUGAGAUUAAAGUCAGAAUUUUGAUAUUAAAGUCAGAAUUCAUGUUUUUUUAUAUUCUUUCUGUUACAUGUGGCCCUACUACUCUUCCGUGGGAUGUUUUUGUUUUUAUGCUCUGAUCAAAUAUUAUUUAUGAACAUCUGUCCGUUUUUGCCUAUGAUAUAAAAUGGGGGGGGGGGCAAACCACUGUAAAUACUACAUAACACACUCACUAUAGGAAGUGAACUUUUUUUUCUUGUCAAAAAGACCUUGUUACUGGUGCUCAUUCAUUCAUACAACGUCCAUUACUUUUAACCUCAGCUGUUGCAUUAAACCUGUCGUGGGCAGGAGUAGAUUUGUUGACUCUCAUCUACACGUGUGUAAAUACUGACAUUUUUAUUUGAUUGAAGCUCUUGACGGGGUUUAUUGUCUGACUCUAUUUUCAGGGUUGUUUUGCAGCACUGACAGUUGUCACUUGUAUUGGAAUAGCACCCUCUACUGACACGCACAUGCAGGUGCUUUGUAGAACAGCCAAUAAUAAGAGACGCCCUCUUUCUCUGAACUGCACUGAGGUCAAAGUGUCAGUGGUUCAUAAGCCACAUUUCCCCCCCCGAGGCUGCUGAAAGGUUAAAAUAGAAUUAUUUGUCAAUAAUGGCAAAUAUAUCCCGGACACUGAACCAAUAGAUGAACAUGUAGUAUUUUUAACAUCUUCUAUCUUGAUGUAACAUCAGCAUCAAACGGAUUUUUGCAACAUGAAGAAGACCGUCGUCAACUUUGAAUAUUUGACAUGUUCAAGAAAAAAGAAUCUGUACUGACUUUUAAAAAAAAUCUUACAAAUUGACAAUGUUUUUUUUUUCUUUUAUAGUAACGUGUGAAAUCUAAAUACCAGAAUAAUGUGUUAUAAUGUUUGUUUGUAUGAAUGUGGCAGUUGUCUGAUGCUCUACUGGGAUUGACUUUUGCGUAAAAAGGAAAACUGUUCUGGAGUUAAUUGAAUGUCAUUUGAGGAAAAACAGUGUCAUUCGUGUAGGAAGACAAAUGCAUGUUGUUGUAAUGUCAAGAUUCAUAUUUACAUGGGUAUAAUGUCUUCAAAUGGAAGUAAAGCACUUAAACAACAGCAGAAGAGAUGAAGUAAUGUGACUUCCCCGUUUUCAUAAUAUAAUAUACAUGAUACGUUAUUACUUUAUCAGGCCACAUGCAGAGCAAGAGCUUAUUUAUGGCACAUGGAAGUCAAAAUUCUAAAUGCAGUGCUCCCGUUUUCUUUGAAGUGAAACAUCUUUUUGAUGCUUAUCACCUCAUUCUUUCUGUGAAAGAUCUUUACAAGGUCUUGACUAGUUAUCCAGUCUGUCUCUGUGUCGGCAUGAAUGUGGAUCCAGUCUGCAGUCCUGUGUUAAGACGACGCUUUGGGCCACUGACAGCAGCCUGUCGAGCAGUGUGCAGUGCAAAACAUUGUCAACAGACAUAGCUUGAACAAAUCUGUGCCAUUGAUACACAUUUUACAAUAAAGUCAAAUUUGAUUUCUA